GGGGGUGGGCGGGCGGGCGGGGGAGGCCCGGCCUCGGCGCCACCAUGACUCUGGAGUCCAUGAUGGCCUGUUGCCUGAGCGACGAGGUGAAGGAGUCGAAGCGCAUCAACGCCGAGAUCGAGAAGCAGUUGCGGAGGGACAAGCGCGACGCCCGCCGCGAGCUGAAGCUGCUGCUGCUGGGCACUGGGGAGAGUGGAAAGAGCACGUUCAUUAAGCAGAUGCGUAUCAUUCAUGGCUCAGGCUACUCUGAAGAGGAUAAAAAAGGCUUCACCAAGCUGGUGUACCAGAACAUCUUCACUGCCAUGCAGUCUAUGAUCAGGGCCAUGGAAACCCUGAAGAUUCUGUACAAAUAUGAACAGAACAAGGCCAAUGCAGUGCUGAUCCGGGAAGUGGAUGUAGAAAAGGUCAUGACAUUUGAGCAGCCAUAUGUAAGUGCAAUUAAAACAUUGUGGAAUGACCCUGGAAUCCAAGAGUGUUAUGACAGGAGAAGAGAAUAUCAGCUUUCUGACUCAGCUAAAUACUAUCUCAGCGACGUGGAUCGUAUCGCUACCCCGGGAUAUCUACCAACUCAGCAAGAUGUGCUACGGGUUCGAGUUCCUACAACUGGGAUCAUAGAGUACCCCUUUGACCUAGAGAAUAUUAUCUUCAGAAUGGUGGAUGUUGGAGGGCAAAGAUCAGAACGAAGGAAGUGGAUCCAUUGCUUUGAAAAUGUGACUUCCAUCAUGUUUUUAGUAGCACUUAGUGAAUAUGACCAAGUUCUGGUGGAAUCUGAUAACGAGAACCGGAUGGAAGAGAGCAAAGCCCUCUUUCGAACCAUUAUCACUUACCCAUGGUUCCAAAACUCUUCUGUUAUCCUCUUUCUCAACAAGAAAGAUCUGUUGGAAGACAAGAUCCUAUAUUCCCACCUUGUCGACUAUUUCCCGGAGUUUGAUGGCCCGCAGAGGGAUGCGCAGGCAGCCCGGGAGUUCAUUCUCAAGAUGUUUGUGGAUUUAAAUCCCGACAGCGACAAAAUCAUCUAUUCCCACUUCACAUGUGCCACAGACACGGAAAACAUCCGUUUCGUCUUCGCAGCUGUCAAGGACACCAUCCUACAGCUCAACCUGAAGGAAUACAACCUGGUUUGACCCCGCUCUGCUCUCAGCCCCUUUGAGAGGCUUCGUUGGGAAGAAAAGACAAAACAAGAAAGUUUCCAGACGACAGGAAAACCACAAAAGUUUUAAUUCCUUUUUUGUUUUUUUUUGUUUUUUUUUUCCUUUUUUUUUGUUUUUUUUUUUUUUGAUGAUGUAAUGAUUGCAAAUUGUCUGACCUGUGGAGUGGCACGUGCUCAGUGUUACCCCUGGAGUCUCAUGUCUCUGUCCACAGAGUAGCUGAUUUCCUAUUUUAACAAGAUCGCUUUUCUUUCACAAGUUAACGGGGAUAUGCCUCAUCUCUUCAGCACCUUGCUUACUUCUUACGUUCUGCUCACUCAAAGCAGCCUCAUCUUGAGCUUUCCUUCGUUGCUUCGCCACUUUUUGCAUCCCCCUGCCCCUUUUCUUCCCCCCCUCUGCCCCGUUUUCAUUCCCAUGGUAUAUAUAUAAAUAUAUAUAUAAAAACAACCCCCAACUUUCCAGCUGAGAUUGUGCAUUCACUGGACUGUGGGAGUGCAGAAUGCUACUGGGCCCUUUGCCUCGUGCUAUGGGUGCCUCUGGUGUCAGUUGUUAACCCUGCUUGCUUCUUGCCCUACCCUUUCCCUUCCCCAGGACACGCUCCAUGGUUCACUGUGAUGAAACGUUGGGGAGGAGCAAUUGCUCUCCAACCAUUGUGCAAAAAAGAAACCCCACACAAGAAAAAGGCAAACCGCCACCACCACCACCAAAAGCCAUCACUUUGCCAUUCUUGAUAUGUUCUAGUUUUGAGUUAUUUUGUUUCUUUAUCAAUGAUAAAAGGUAUGGAGACUGUGAUUAUUAUUUUUUUUUUUUUUAAAUUAUUGAUGUUCUAUACAUAGUUUGCUACGUGUUGCUGUAUUUUGUUCAUGGACUACAAAUGAUGGAAGCUCUUGGAGCAAUAGCUGCUGA